CCCACGACCCAGAAUAUUGUUUUGAUCAUGAAUUACUAUAAAUAUGGUGAUCUGAGACACUACUUACACCAAAGUCUAAUCCCCGUACCCUGGACGUGGAGGCUGGAUCUGUUGCGGGAGUUGGCGAGAGAGCUUUACAGUAUCCACAAGGUAGAAAUUGUCCACAAAGAUUUACACAGUGGUAAUGUUUUGGUAGACAUUAAAGGGGACAUUGAACAUUGGAAGGCCAAUCUUACUGACUUUGGAUUAAGCGGUCCCGCUAAUCAAACUGAUAAUGAAAGGCAGAGUAGGAAAUAUGGGGUGAUUUCAUAUACCGCACCAGAAAUUUUAGGAGGCGGACCUAAAACAAAAGCUUCCGAUAUUUAUGCCUUUGGCAUGAUCAUGUGGGAGUUAUCUGCAGACAAUCCGCCAUUUUAUGAGGACGAUAGCGAUAGUAGGGACAUAAUCGUCAAAAUUCUUGGCGGAGAACGACCGAGAAUAAUUCCAGGCACUCCUAAAUGUUAUGAAGAAUUGAUGAAGAAAUGCUGGGAUGCGGAUCCAUCAAAAAGGCCAACCGCAGCUGAGGUGUUUGACGAAAUUUUGGGUUUCCUGGUGACUUAUACGAUGGGGAAAAAACAUAAUCGUUAUAGAGAUGAAACUUACAAGUCGUUUGAGAAAGGUGAAGAAAUGUUAACGACGAGAAUUUUAGACAGGUCGAAGCCGCGAUUAGUCAGUAAAAGUUUUGAACCGGCUAGCGCUGCUGAACUGGAUGCAGCAAAACAAUAUAGUCAAGCGCUGAAUACUUCAGCCCCUCAGUCACUCGACAUGGACAUCGAUAUACCGCAAGUAAGCUAA